GUGCCGAGACAUAAACAUACACUGAUAGUGUCGUCAAGUAAUCAAUUUUAAAAGGAACAUGGCGGAUCAUGACAUGGUUACAAUAUUUUUGGUGUGUCAGUAGAUGUACGGCGCCGUCAACUUGAAAAAUGAUUAGAUUCACUUGACUUGAAUACACAGAUUGCAAGCUGGAAAAAUUGUCAAAGAUGUCGUUACCAGUAGUAAACCCUGAUUUGUCAUCCAGCACAGCAAACCUCCCUACUUUCUUGAGCCAUGAGCUGCCAAAUUUUUCUUCAAUCCCCCAAUAUCCCCAGGCACUGGAUCUCUCCUUGGAGGCAAGGGUAACAGACAAUCAGAUACCUAUUGGUAUGGAAACAGAGGUCAUAGAUUCUGAUGCAGAUGUUAAUAAAUCUUCAUAUGAAAUUGCCGUAGAAGCUCUGUGUCUAAUGAAAUCUGGUGGACUCGUUUCUCUAGAUGAUAAGAGAGACAGAAAUGCUGAAGAAAGUGUUAAAACUAAAGCACAUUAUAAUAAUAUUCAUGCCAAUCGUGCUGAGGCAAUGCUCACUAAUAGUAACACUGAGAUACAGUUUGAAGACACAUGUUUUGCCAGGAAGGAUAAACCUGAUGUCAAUGUUCCCACGCCCGAAAUUGUGCAAACCUCUUCUUACUUGACCAGAAGUAUACCUCAGGCAGAUGUUAAUGGCAGUCAUGUAGUUAUGAAUGUUAAUAUUGGACAGACUGGUUCUUGUGUUUCACAAAAUGGUUUGUUGAGUACAGCCGUCCUUCAGACUUCUUCCUCGUCAUUCGAUGCCUCUAGUCAGCCUGUCAAGUAUGUAAUAAUGCCUGAAUCAACACUAUUAUCUAUGGUGAAACCUGGAGAAAUUGUGUCUCUACCAGAGACACCAUAUUACUUUAUGAUGCAGAAGGAAAAACAACCGACAACGAAAGUGAUCUCAAUACCAGGACUCCAAAAUUUAAACCAGAAUAAUAAUCUGCCUGAUGGUGGCCCAUCUGUAUUUAAUGUUAGCAAUAAUACAGUUUUCUCACCUAUGAAUUAUAGUAAAAGUGCCAUUUCUAUAGAAAAACCUACACUAAAUGAUGGAACUUCUCAGUCAGUAUCAUUAAAUACUAAAAGUACGACAGGAAAACGAAGUGCCAUGAAGAAGCACGACACUUUGAAGUUUCCCCCUUGUAUUAUUUGUGAUGGGGAGGCCUCGGGAUUUCAUUAUGGUUGUAACACAUGUGAGGCUUGUAAAAACUUCUUUCGACGAUGCCUUUUGAGAAAGUCUGAUAUGCCUUUUAUAUGUCAUAGUGGUAAAACUUGUGAAAUUUCAUUUAAGAAGAAUAAAAACAAUUGUUCUUCUUGUAGACUGGAUAAAUGUUUAGAGCUGGGUAUGGCGAAGGAAAAGUGUAAAAUGGGUCGGUACACGGCUCUUAUGCGGACUGAAACAAUAAAAAAGGUAAGAAGACUGGAAGGAAAAGAUGAUGAUAAUUCAGAAACUUCUAGUUUAGACUCUCCUUGCCCUGGUUCCAAUCAAAAUGAUGAAACAUGUUCGUCAUCUGAAACUCAGUCACCGUUGGAUCAGACGGAGAGUGUAGAUAUUUGUGCUGAUGUCAUCUCCAAACACAUCUAUACUGCUCAAAAAGGGCCUCCUGCAAAUGAUAACAAAACCGAAUAUAAUGAAAAACUUGUGCAAUACCUAGUUUCAGCUAUGGAGAAUAUCAAACCCUGGGGAGAAAAUCUAGUCACUGAAGAAGCACGGAAAGCUCUUGCAAACGCUCAUUAUGAAAAGUACAAAUCUAGGGUUGAGGCAUUUGGAUCACUUAAGAAUGUUCCAAUGCAAGAGUAUCAAGAACUUCUGAAAAAAUUUGGAAUAGAUUUGGACGGACAGUGGGACUUGCUUAAGAAAUGUAGCUUUGACUGGGAGAGUAUUGUCAGUCAAUAUUGUUCAUUUGCAAAGUGUAUACCAGAAUUUCAAUGCUUAAGUUACGAUGAUCAAGCAUGCCUGCUUAAAGCAACUCACUUUGACUUUUACACCAUAGUUCUGCAUCAAGGAUAUUUUCCCGAGUAUGGGGUUUUCUUGGAAAUAAACGGAGCACCGUAUCAUAUCGAAGAAGCAGCAAAUAAGUUUUUCACUCGCGAGUUUGUGUUUCUAAUGGUGGACAUGAUGGGCAGACUUCAAAAAUUGAAUCUUUCUAAAUCAGAGAUGGCACUUCUAAUUUCGAUCGUCACUAUGUCCUCUGAUCAGUGUAAUCUGGAAAAUUCGAAACUUGUUGAAGAUACUCAGCUUCGGUUAGUCGAGCUUUUGCUGAAGGAGUUGUGUAAAGUUUACGGUCAGUCAGCAGGGAGCAAACGAUUGACAAAUUUUAUUGAUGUAAUAACAAGAAUGCGUGACAUCUCAAAUAUUUAUUUUAAGGAGUAUAGAAGUUUAUGUAAAAAUGAUUUUAUAAAAGAAUCUGUGCCGAAUCUUGAAAUAAUGAUUCCAGAGGAGCAUUGAUGAUUUGUUGCGCUUUUUCCAACAAUAUUUAUUCUGGGUAUACUAAGUUGUUGGAACUAGUAAAUUUCGUGUCUCAUCUCUUAUUUGCAACUUUAUUAAUUAUGUUUUUUUUGUUGUUAUUUAGGUAAGAAAAGACAAUAAAUAUUUUUUUAUUUGUGAUAAAAGAAAUAAAUUUCUUUAAAAAUAUCUAAUAUUUUAAGAAGAAUUUUUUUUAUGUUUUUUUUUUGCAAUUUGCAUUUUAAAUGCCUGAAUUUCCUUGAGAAUGUAUUUUAAAAUUUGCCUUAUGGAGCACAUGUAUAUUGUGAUUUUAAGUUUAAAGCGGCAUGCCUUCAGAAGAGCCAAAAUAAUGUAACAAUUUGACUUUGUCCACAUAUUGUCUGUCUUAUACAGGUUUGAUGGUAUAUGAGAUAAUAAUGUGAUCAUAAAAAUGUAGUAAAUAUGAAAUAUUGAUCUCAUUUGAAUGGUUGAAGCUUGAAAUGUACUUUGAUGUUUGUUGUCCAAUCGAAUAAGGAAGGCUCCAUUGGUCUAUGAAAUUCUGUAAUAGAAUUUGCUCUGCUUUGAAAUUUUGAAUUGUCCAUUCUAAGUUUAAAGGGACUCCACUGAUGUUUUUUUUACAUGACAGGACAAGAAAUAAUUUUUUUUCGAGAUUAAUGAUCUACUGAGUAGUGUUCGACCAAUAACUUUUGUGCAAAAUUUUAGAUCAUUUGCUGAUUUCAUUUUCCAGAGUGAUUAUUCUAAUUGUGAAAAAUGAUCCAAAAUUGAAAAGCCUUGCAAUGCAAAAAUAGCACACAAAUACAAUUUUCAAUUUAUAUUUCUUAUAUAUCUUUUGUAUAUCUCUCUGAUAUAAGUGCUUCAGUGGUUCUUUGUAAGAAAUUUUAAUUUUAUGUUUUUAAGCUUUUGGACCUCAGUGGAGUUCAAUUUAAGAAAUCUCAAUAUAGAAAUAUUAAGAUACCAACAGUAAAAAGACUGGUUAGACUACACAGGCUCUAUAGUGGUUGCAAAGGCUUAUCACUUUCAGCCUUAUUGGUAAACUGCUGUGAUUUAAAUAGUCAGUCAUAACAUAAUGUUUGUAUUUAUGAUAUUUCUAAAUUAUUUACGAUUUUAUAGUGCUUUUACCCCAAUUUACAUGAAUUUAUUAUUUUGUCAAAUUCCAAUUGGAUUAAUGUCAAAAUGCUGAAAGUGCUCAUGUUUUUUCUUUAGUAAAGUAAUAAUUACAUGUACAUUAUUGGUCAGUUUAUUUUAAAUAUCAAAUGUAUUGUUUAUAAAAUGUUAUGGUUCAACACAAGAGAUUAAUUUGUAAUUAAAUGUUUUUUUGGGUCAGAAAUUUUGAUCUUUUGACUGACAUUUGCUUUGUUAUAGUGCAUAUUGCCACAUUUUGUAUUCAUAUUUGCCGUGGGCUGAUUCCUUAAAUCUAGAUCUAAAUAAACUAUGUUUCCUGAUUGGCAAAUGUAAUGUUUUACCAGAUUUGAUUUGUAAGACUUUCAAAAUCCAAGGACUAAGAUGUAUGGAACAGCCACUUGUUUAAUAAAUCCUAGCCAUGGAAGGAUGUCGAUUACAAUGUUCUUGCAUGUACACUUUUUUCGCUCCAGAGUCAAAACUCAUCUCGCCAUAGGAGUUUCAUUUGCAUUUACAUUGGUCUUUGUAAGCUUUGUAAGGGAAAACUUUUAACGUUAUUUCUGAAACUGUAAUGCCAAGGUAUUAGAUACUUAUCAUGUAGCGUAACUUAAUGAACCUCUUCCAAGAAAUGUUUGUGUUUCGUAAUGGUUUGUGGUGUUUUACAAUAAUAACAAUGUAAAAUAUGUAUAACCUUUUUGGUCAUCAAUUCAUUAAAAUAUUCAUUAUUAUAUUUAUAUGUGCAAAUUAAUAUUGAAAUUUGAAAAUGGGACAAAAUGUUAUUGGACAAGCAACUUUCGACAAGAUUAGUGGACUCAGGGUGUUCACUAGCCAUGAAAUCCCGAGGGUCAUUUUGACCAGAUACAAGGUCAUAUCCCCAUGAUUUUAAUAAAAAAUUGACCCUCCAGUUAAAAUCCUGAGGGUCAAAUUGGGUCUUUUUGAAAUUUGAAGGGUCAAAGAGUCAUUUCAAGCAUCAAACAGACACCCUGGUGGUGUUAUGUUGGUGUCCUGUUGACAGACAAUCAAUAGAUAAGUGUAUUGUUUAAAUUAUAUAUUAAUGUUGUUAUUAUAAAAUAGAUUAAAAAAAAGAUGUCAUGGCGCUAAUCAUCAGUUGCCUGUCCCAUUAUGUUAUGUCCCAGGAAACAACAAUCAUUUGCACUCGAUGGGAUGCAUACAAUAACUGAUCUUGAUUUAAUCUCUAUUCCCAUGGGUCAAGUUGGUUCUACUCCUGUGCCCGUUUGUGCCUGAAAUAAUGCACAGCAGGGCACCUGAGGUCUUCCUUCACCAGUAAAGCUGAAACAUUGCCAUAUUACCUAUACUUUGUUGGUGUGAUGUUACUAUGUUUAAAACCCCAAUCAAAUCUAUGGUCAAGGUUAGUCAUUUUCAGCAAAUUUGUUAUAACUUCUACAUGUACCAAUGGCAUCAAAUUUUAGAUACAUUGUAAUUGCAUAGAAGGACAAAACGUAAUAUCAUGUCAAGUUACAUAGCUAUGCUCUAAAAAAAACCUGUUUUGGCAAGUUUGAUACAAUUUCACCUCAACAUUUACCAAAUGCAUGUAAAUGUACAAACAUACAUGUACUUACAUAUAAAGGAUAAGGCCUAUGUCCUUUGAAGUGAUAUAACUGUUACAUCUAUUUUAUCCCAGUUAUCUCCCCAUUGUACUAUUUUAUUAAACGCCGCUUGCAAGCGGCAUCUAGUAGAUAUGCAUUUGUCCAUACAGCAAUGGGGAAAAGUUUAUAUUUUUGGUUUUAACAAAAUCCGCUCUGUUUUGAAAGUUUCUAAUAAAAAUAGUUAUUAUGAUGUACAACAUGUCACAGAGCUUUAAGGGAUUAGAAUAAACAUUUAACUGACGUGAUAGUGCCAUGUUUGAAUAACCGUUGAGAGGGGUGACAACUGAAGCAGUGUCACUUACUUCAUUUGCUUCGCCUCUGUUGAAGUUCGGCUCCACCUUAAAUUGUCAUAUUAAAUCUGAUAUUAUGCUCCAUAUGCUAGUAUUUAGUCCUCGUUGAUGGUGUAGAAGGGAACCAGGACAACUUUGAUCAAUAUCACUUGUCGAAUCAUUAAAUUACAAAUAACAAAGCCUAAACCACACCCACUUUCAGAGAGGCAGUUCUCACUCAACUGUUAAGAAAGAACAACAAACCGGUGACGCUACGGCCUGUAAGGGGAGAUCACUGCAGAACUGUUUGUCCUCAAAAUUAUUUGAACAUUAUGCAAUUCAUACCAAUAUUUAAAUGGGUAUAUUCUCAGCACAUACUGUCUUGAAUUUGAUUUAAGUUUACCAAUCAUUUCAAUUUUAAUUGUUAUCCAAUUUAUUUUGAUUGGACCAGACAUUUCAGUCUUUGUCGUGACAGACAUACAUUAAAGAAUUUCAGACCUGGCAUUAUUUUUGUGCUGCCUUGAAAAAGGCGACAUAUAGGUGUUACUUUUGUCGUCGGCGUCGGCUUGUCCGGAGCAUAAGUCAGUCAUUAUAAGUCGGAUUGACUUCAAACUUGGUAUGCUUGCUUCUUACAAUGACCUGAAGUGCAGUGCACAAGAACCGGUACUCUGCACUUCUUAUUCUUUGGGUUAUUGCCCUUUGUUAAUUUUCAUACUUUAUUUUUGUCUGGGCCAUUUCUCCUAAAGUAUCAAAUCUAUGGACUUGAAACUUCAUAGGAUAAUAGAUCUUAUUAAGAAGAAGUGCAGUGCACAAGAACUGGUACUCUGCAUUUCUUAUUUUUUGAGUUAUUGCCCUUUGUUAAUUUUCAUACUUUAUUUAUGUCCAGGCCAUUUCUCCUCAAGUAUAAAAGCUAUGGACUUGAAACUUUAUAGGAUGAUAGAACUCAUUAAGGAGAAGUGCAGUGCAGAAGAACUGGUACUCUGCAUUUCUUAUUUUUUGAGUUAUUGCCCUUUGCUUAUUUUCAUUCUUUAUUUUUGUCCAGGCCAUUUCUCCUUAAGUAUAAAAGCUAUGGACAUGAAACUUCAUAGGAUGAUAGAUCUCAUUAAGUAGAAGUGCAGUGCACAAGAACUGGUACUCUGCAUUUUUAAUUUUUGAGUUAUUGCCCUUGUUAAUUUUCAAACUUUAUUUUUGUCCAGGCCAUUUCUCCUAAAUUAUAAAAGCUUUAGACUUGAAACUUAGUAGGAUGAUAGAUCUUAUUGAUAAGAAGUGCAAUGCACAGAAACUGCUGCUCUGCAUUUCUUAUUUUUUGAGCUAUUGCCUUUUGUUGAUUUUCAAAUAUCAUUUUUGUCCUGGCCAUUUCUCCUAAACUAUAUUGUUCACAAGGCGACACAUCCGACUCGCGGAGUUCUAGUGUGAAUUUAGGAUUAGGUUCUACUUUUUCACAAAAAUUUGCAACUUUAUUAUCAAAUAACGAGCACAUACCAAGAACAUGGAGAAAAAAUUAUUUGUGCUUCGGUGAUUCAACUUUAAUAUAGAGAACACUUUUCAAUGCUGAUUGACUGUUCACAUCAUUUGGCGGCGUCUUUGAUGUGCAGCAUGAACAUUUAACUUGUAAUUGGAAUAAUAUGCUAACAACAAUUGUGCCCUGGAGUAUUCUCCCUUCUCUGAAUGUAGAACAAAUCAUGAAAUAAUAUUAUAAUGAUUGUUGUCAAAUUUUCUGCAAGUUUAAUGUAUUUCACAAGCUACAAAAAGCACACACAUAAUUUUAUGACCAAUUCAAAUGGUAAUUAUGUUUAAUAACCAUUUCCAGUGUUUUUGACCUCAUCAAUCGAUGAAACAGUUCUAGGUGGCAAUGAUUAUAAGAUUUGCCUUUUGAAGCAUUUGUAAUUGCCAAACACAUUUUCUUGUUGAUUUGUGCUUUUUUCAUGAAUUAUUUGUUUAUGAUUUUAAUUAAGAAUAUACUGCUGUUAUUAUAUUUUAUCUAGAUUUUUUUGUGAUUUGUUGUAUAUGCUCAUUUUCAGUUGUUUAUCCUGCCAAUUAUCCGGCCAAUUAGUUUUAUACUAAUGUCCUUAAGUUUGAGGCCAUCCUUAAAAAAAUGUUUGUUUGCAGUAACGCGACCGACUCACAAAAUUUGCCCCUACUCAAAUGUUUUUUCAUGGUCUGGAUAAUUUUUUUUUUUUUUUGAAUCAGAAAAUUAUGCCCUGUGCUUUGUUUUCGUUCUUUUAAAGGUUAAUAGAAGAAAUAAAAUGUAGUUCUUAUUAAAUUAGAAUUCAGUUAUCAAUUUAUUAAUUGUUACCAGAUUAUUAAAGCAUAUAUUGUCCAGCAUUUUGAAAUUCCAUGUUUAUUUGGGAGUACAGUUCAAUAAAAAAAAAAAAAAAAAAAAAAAAAUCGACCUACCUACCCACCUUGAACAUUCUGGGUCGGGUUACUGCAAACAAACAUUUUUUUAAGGAUGGCCUGAUUUUGUUCAAAGCGUAACACUCUCGAAUUCAUUCCCAGAUUGAUAUUAGUUUAUACUAAUUUAUUAAAGUUUGAUAGUGUAGGAAGCUAUACGCUUAUUGAAAUACACUUGAAUCUGUUCCGAAAUUUGUAUUAGUUUAUACUUAUUUAUUUCAGUUCCAUUGUAUUCAAAGCUGUAAGCUUAUUGAAACACUCUCAAAUCUGUUCCUGGAACUAUUUAGUACUAAGCAAUGAGUGUAAAGUUCCUUGUACAUUGUAAAAACACGUUAACCCUUGAUGGGGUUUGAACCCAAGCAGCCAGCAAUCCUUAGAUUAGUGCUAACCACUCAGCCAGGCUGUCUGGCUGUCAUGAUAUUAACCUUAUUUUCUAGUAUACAAUCUUAUUUAGUAGCUAUUUUAAGUAACUAUUAAAGUGUAUAAAGAUGUAUCUCUCCUGCUUGUAGCAAAUUAAUUGUUUGAAUUUUUUAAAGAAGAAUAAUUUCAGAAUGUUUGCAUGAAAGAAAUUUUGACUGAAUUGUGCAUGGGGAAAAUUGUUGCUUUAUGAUUAAAAUCCUAUCUCAAAUACCAGCAUAAUAUUUUAUUUUCGAACAUUUUAUUCUUUUUACAUACAGUAGUACAGUACUAGUGUAUGGUAAAUAAUAAAUAAACCCCUUUGAUAAUGGCUCGCUCAUAAGGUUAUAGAAACCACAUAAUUUUACAAUUUUGUAAAACUUUUGCAUUUGAUACAGCUUUAUACACUUUAAUAUCACAUGAUAUAAGUUUAGUGAGUGAAUUUUGUAAUGUGGAGAAUAAAUCAUCUGCAGCUAAGAUCACUAUAGGUUUGUAAGAAAAAAAUGCCAGGAAGAAUAAUUUGGCAGAAGAAGUUCCUUGUAUGUGUGACAGUAAAGAUAAUUACAUGUAUAAGUCUUUUGUCACAUUUAGCAUAAAAAAUAUUUUUUGAUAAGUUUAUUCUUGAUUAUAAUUGAUUGUGAAAUUUCCAUACAAACGUUAAACUUGUCUUGCCAUUAAAUUUUAGAACCUGUU